AUGUCAGAUCAAUACACUUCAGCAUCUUCCGCCUCACCCUCUCUCACCGACAAACUCACAGACCUUCGGGGUUUCUUGAACAACCGGAAAGCGGUCAUGCUCGUCACUCGUUCACCUAAAGGAGACCUCCAUGCGAGAUGUAUGGCAGUGGCUGAGAUUACAAAAGAUUGGAAGUUGAGGUUUAUUUAUGAUAGGGAGAGUUAUAAAGAGACCGAGGUGGAGAAUGAUGAUCACGUCAACGUUAAUGCAGAUGGGAUGGAAAAGAACCAAGGUUGGGUGUCGAUUGCUGGUCGUGCCGACGUAAUCACCGACGACAAUCUCAUCGCCAAACUUUACAACCCCACCCUCAAAGCUUGGUUUGGCGACAAAGGUGACGGUAUCCACGAUGGCGGCCCAACCGAUCCUCGUAUGGCUGUUUUCCAAGUGAAAAUUGACGAGAUCCGUCAUUUCCAUCAGAAACGUACGAUGAUAGGUACCGCCGUUGAUGUCGUAGCGUCUGCUGUGAGUGGCGAAGUUGCUACUCCUGGAGAAGUGAGGACCAUCACGGGUAAAGAGAUUGCUGCGGCUUGGGAGAAAGGAGAGUUGAAGGAGCCUUAG